AUGCUUGAUGCAAAUGAUGGCUAUGCUUCAGUCGGCCAGCGUCGCUCCUAUGAUGGCGCUCUUUGUACAGUGAGAUACAUCGGCGAGGUUGCAGGCACAGCGGGUUCCUGGCUCGGUGUUGAAUGGGAUGACCCUUCGCGGGGUAAACACGAUGGCCAGCACAAGGGCGUCCGCUACUUUUCAUGUACAAUUUCCAAGCAACCCCCCACAGCGGCAUCCUUCAUCCGCCCUACCCGCCCGGCUGACGAGUCGCAGACCUUCCUCACGGCGCUGCACCUCAAGUACGCCGGUGACCCGGUCGAAGACCAGAAACCGCCGAGGCAGAUCAAGUUCUCGGGCAAGUUGGCCGAGGAGGUCGGCUUUGAGAAGGUUCGCCGCAAGCAGGCCCGGCUGGACGAGCUGCAGUUUGUCAUUCUCGACGGCCUCCAAGUGGUUUGUGCCACCGACGGCAGCCCACAAUCUAUCGGCCAGGUGUGUCCCAAGGUCAGGGAGCUGGACCUGAGCAGGAACCUGUUUGAGCGGUUUGGCCCUGUCGUCGAGAUUUGUAAAGAGCUGCCGUUGCUGCGGAGCCUUCGUGUUAACGGGAACCGGUUCCAACGUGUUCUCGAAGAUGAAGUCCUGGAAUCAGCCAGUAAUGCCUUUUCAGGCGUGACGGAGCUCGCCCUGGAGGAUACCCUCUUCUCGUGGGAGGAGGUAUGCCACAUCGCAACCAAGUUUCCCUUGCUGACCACCCUCCACGCCGGCUCGAACCAACUCACAGCACUCACGCCCAUCCAGCCCGCUCCAUUCACAGCCACCCUGGUCUCCCUUCACCUCGAGUUCAACGAGUUCGCCUUUCUCUCCUCGCUCGCCCCGCUGGCCUCCAUCUCGACCCUGCGCAACCUCCUCCUCAAAGGCAACCGCAUCUCUACCAUUUCCUCGGGCUCCUCGUCACCACCAGUCUUCGGGCCCAACCUGCAAUACGUCGACCUCUCCUACAACGCAAUCACCACCUGGUCCUUCAUCGACGCCCUCCCAAUCUGCUUCCCAGCCCUCACCUCCCUCCGCCUGACCCACAACCCACUCUACUCGAACCCGGACCUCGAUGACAGCACCGCAAUCGCAACCACCCCAAACCAUAAUCAAGGCCAGGCAGCCGGAGGCGGCGGCGGAGGAGGCGGCAUCUCCAAAACAGAUGAGGCCUACAUGCUAAUCCUCGCCCGCCUCCCUUCGCUGCACACCCUCAACUUCAGCGCCGUCACGCCCGCCGACCGCGCCGACGCAGAAAUGUUUUACCUCUCCCGCAUCGCCCGCCAGCUGGCCGCCAUUCCCAAGGGGAGCGUUGAGGUCGAGAGAGAGGUGCUGAAGCGGCAUCCAAGGUGGGAGGAGCUGUGUCGGGCGUACGGCGAGCCGGCGGUGGUGAGGCGUGGGGGGGAGGUCGAUCCGGGGUUUUUGGAGGCCCGGUUGGUGAGGGUGGAUUUUUAUUAUAAGAGCAGCGGUGGUAGUGGUGGUGAUGGAGGGGAGAGCAGGGUGGUGCAUGUGCAGGUGCCCAAGUCUUUUGAUAUUUAUGCUGUCAAGGGGAUUGUUGGGAGGGUGUUUGGGAUGAGUCCGUUGAGGGUGAAGUUGGUGUGGGAGACGGGGGAGUGGGAUCCUGUGGGCGGGCUUGAUGAGGUGGAUGAGGAUGGCGAGGAGGAGGAUUUGGAGGCUGCGUGGGAGAGGCGGGAGGGCAAGGGUGAUGUGCUUGCGGAGAUGCCCGAGCUGGAGAGGAAGGGUGCGAGGUGGGUGAAGCGAGAGGUUGAGCUUAAGGACGGGCCGCGGCAGUUUGGGUAUUGUGUUGACGGCUUGGAAGCCAGGAUUCGGGUGGAGAGAUGCUAG